ACGGACCGCCCAGACACGCCGGGAAGGGCGCCCGCACUGUGCAGCAGCUGGAGGGGGGGGCGGGGAGCGCGCGGGCAGAGGAAGGGGGUGCCUCCGGCAGAGGAUCUCUCGAAGCUCCCGCAGCUCUUCGGCCCCAUACUCUACUCUAACCUCUACCCUUAAGGUGCCUAAAAUACUUAAACAAAUAAACAACCCAGACCUGUUCCGUUUUCGCUCCUGUAUAAAUAGCACAGACUUUCCAAAAAAGCAAGACCGCAUUCACUCUUAUCGCCAGACACUACUUUCCACAGUGUAAUUCAGAAAAAGGCAGUCAGCUUCCGUGAAUGCGGCUAGCUUUUUUUUUUUCUUUUUCUUUCUUCUUCUUCUUCUUUUUUUUUUCUCUGUCUCUUUUUUGCUUGCGGUUUUGGGCUGCCAAGAAAGUGAAGGAGGGGUUUGACUGUAGUGUCUCGGCUCCGCUCGGUUUCUUUCCGAAGUUUAAUUUUCCGGAAUGGCUCCCAAACAAGGGCCGGGGAGGCGGAGCCGCCACUACCGGAUCUUCUCCUUUUUUGGAAAGUCUCGGCGAACCGGAAUUCCUCCCCGCCCCAAGAGACAGAGCUGCCAUCUCGGCCCGCGCGUUCUCCCGCGGCGACAGCGCCGGGGUCGGCGAUCAAGCCCUCCCCCAGCUGAACUCUGCAACCCGGAGACCAAGCUGCAAUGGGGGCCGAGAGCCCCAAACCCUGGCGGGUGUCCACCGGCGGCGAACCGUUCCAGGGGGAGCUCGGCGGAGCCCGCGCUGCCAAGCCCGUAUGCAAAUUAGCCAUGUGACCGCAAAAGCUGCCUGGCCCAGCCCUGUUCCUCAGUCCAUAUAUGGGCAGCGACGUCACGGGUAUUGAAAACCUGCCCAUAAAUACUCGGAGCCUAACACUUUCCGUCUGAGAGAGCAGCGAUUGAUAAAUAGCUGGGCGAGGGGGACACACUGACUGUUAUAAUAACACUACACCAGCAACUCCUGGCUCCCCAACAGCCGGAUCACAGGCAGGAGAGAGUCAGUGGCCCAUAGCUAUUUUUCUUCUUAAGAAGCCAACAACUUGCUUGCUAGUUUUAAAUUGGUUAGAUUUUUCUUUCUUUUCUUUUCUUUCUUUCUUUUUUUUUUUUUUUUUGCGUGUGGUGGUGGUCUUUUCUAAGUGUGGAGGGCAAAAGGAGAUACCAACCCAGGCUCAGUCCAACCCCUCUCCAAAAACGGCUUCUCUGGCACUCCAGCUGCCUGACAGCCUCUACCCGGUGGAAGACCUCGCCGCCUCGUCGGUGACCAUCUUCCCCAAUGCUGAACUGGGAGCCCCCUUUGACCAGAUGAACGGAGUGGCCGGAGAUGGCAUGAUCAACAUUGACAUGACUGGAGAGAAGAGGCCCUUGGAUCUUCCAUAUCCUAGUAGCUUUGCUCCCAUCUCUGCGCCUAGAAACCAGACCUUCACUUACAUGGGCAAAUUCUCCAUUGACCCCCAGUACCCUGGUGCCAGUUGCUACCCAGAAGGCAUCAUCAAUAUUGUGAGUGCGGGCAUCUUGCAAGGGGUCACCCCUCCAGCUUCAACCACAACCUCAUCCAGCGUCACCUCUGCCUCCCCCAACCCAUUGGCCACAGGACCCCUGGGCGUGUGUACCAUGUCCCAGACCCAACCUGAAUUGGAUCAUCUCUACUCUCCUCCACCACCUCCUCCUCCGUAUACGGGCUGUACAGGAGAUCUCUACCAGGACCCUUCGGCGUUCUUGUCACCGCCCACCACUUCCACCUCCUCUCUGGCCUACCAGCCACCUCCUUCCUACCCAUCCCCCAAGCCAGCCAUGGACCCAGGUCUCAUUCCUAUGAUCCCGGAGUAUCCUGGCUUUUUUCCGUCUCCGUGCCAGAGAGAUCCACACGGUGCUGCUGGCCCGGAUCGAAAGCCAUUUCCCUGCCCUCUGGAUUCCCUACGGGUCCCGCCUCCGCUCACUCCACUCUCUACCAUCCGUAAUUUUACUCUGGGGGGCCCCAGUGCUGGAGUCACGGGACCAGGGGCAAGUGGAGGCAAUGAGGGACCCCGACUGCCCGGCAGUGGCUCUGCAGCAGUGUCUACUACUCCCUUUAACCCGCAUCACCUGCCAUUGCGGCCCAUUCUGCGGCCUCGAAAGUACCCGAACAGGCCCAGCAAGACGCCAGUUCACGAAAGGCCCUAUCCCUGUCCAGCAGAAGGCUGUGACAGGCGCUUCUCACGCUCGGAUGAGCUGACCCGGCAUAUCCGAAUCCACACGGGCCACAAACCCUUCCAGUGUCGGAUCUGCAUGCGAAACUUCAGCAGAAGUGACCACCUCACCACUCACAUCCGCACCCACACCGGGGAGAAGCCGUUCGCCUGUGACUAUUGUGGCCGCAAGUUUGCCAGGAGUGACGAAAGGAAGCGCCACACCAAGAUCCACCUUCGACAGAAGGAGCGGAAGAGCAGUGCCCCCUCCUCGUCUGUGUCUGCCCAGCCUUCAGCCUCUGGUCCUGGGGGCUCGCAGGCGGGAGGCAGCCUAUGCGGUAACAGCACCAUUGGAGGACCACUGGCCUGCACCUCUCGGACCAGGACACCGUGAGAUGAAGCUCCGGCGGACACACCCAGGUCCCAGAGUUCCACCGUCCACUUGAGCUGCACAACACUAUCACCCAUCCCUGUUCCUUCCUGUGAUCCUGUGCAAAGGACCUUGAUGGAGCCCGGCCUUGCCCCCACCCCGUUCCAGAACAGGGCCCUCCUGAAAUUUAGGCCAUUUGACUCUCUUAGGGGAGUUGACUGCCACUCCAAGCAAUGGGGAGCCAAGAAGAGGGCUGGGUGAGGGCCCUUGGACUAGAGGGCUGUGGUCUGAUUCUGACUGAGAGACAUCUCAUUAGGUUUUGCUAGUCCUUCCCUUAUUUUGACCCUGGAUGCCAGAGUUGUUCUGAGACCUUUUCUACAAUCGGUUGGGAGAUGCUGAUUCCUUUGAGUGAGGACAGCAAAAAAGACUAAGGAAAACUGACAUUGCACUUUAUGGCUUGGAACUAAUUUGGGGGAAGCUGUCCAGUGAGAGGAGCCUGGUUUUGGCUGCGGCACUCCGUGGCCCCGGAACAGUGAACUGAAGGGUAUCUAGCCAUCUCAACUCUUAAGCAAUAUGUACUAAAAACUCAGAGAACGGAAGUGCAAUGACGGGAGGGACAAAGCAAUAUUGGCUCCUUUUUGUUGAGAAACAAAGGUUAUUUUUUCAGUGUAUAUCCAUUCAGAUUUUGUGUAUUUUUGAUGUGCACUGUUCAUUCCGAGUUCUGAACCUUCGGGAAAAAAAAUUGUAAAGCAUUUAUGAUCUCUUGAAAUGAGUCAAAGGUUAACUUAUUUAAAGGGGGAUGUACAUAGGGUGCAUGCAGUUGUGUCGGAAGUGUCCUCUGAGCCUUGUGUGAUGUGGGCAGUGUUACAGGGUCUGCAUGUAUGCAGGAGGCCUUACUAUAGAAAAAAAGAAAUCAUUCCCUGGGUUGAAGUAUGGCUGUAUAUUUCUGCCUAUUAAUAUUUGGAAUUUUUUUAGAAAGUAUAUUUUUGUAUGCUCUGUUUUGUGACUUAAAAAGUGUUACCUUUGUAGUCAAAUUUCAGAUGAGAAUGUGCAUAAUGUCACGCAGCUGAUUUGUUUACUAGCUCUUAAUAGUUGUGGAAAAAAAUAAUCUAUUCUAACAUACAACCACUAACUGGAGUUCAGAUACUGGAUGGUUUAUGACUAUGGUGUAAAUAAAUACUUUUCA